AUGAGCUCGCCCGCGUCCAAGCGUAUGCGCUUGUCCACCUCAAGAACCUCUAUCUCCGGUCGCAAAAGCAUCUCAGGCGGGCAAUCAGCGCUGCCUCGACCAACUUCCGCAGCUGGCCAGAAUCGACUGGCAAGCACGCAACCUUCGUACGAUUUCAUUGCCGGAGGCGCGGCCGAGAAUCCGACGCAGUCGUUCAGACAGUCCAGGCUCCGCCAGCCUUCUGUCUCGCGGGGGGAUCCGACCCAAGAUGAAAACCUCCGAGCGAAGAUCAACUCCCUCGAGUACGAGUUGAAGAAUUUGCAACAAGAGCGAGGUCUUCUGGCAUUGCAGCAUGAGAAAGAGCUGCGAGAGCAACAACUCAGGGCGGAUGCAGACUUCAAAAAAUACCAGACUGCCGAAAGCGCCGCUCAAAAGGCGACACAGCGACAGGAAGCACUUGCGAAGGAAUUGCGCGAACUGCAGGACCAAAGGGUCAACGAGAAGGCCGUACUAGAGCGGCAACUCCGGGAUCUACAAGACCAGACCGCCUCGUUGAAAGAAGACGCAACGGACGCGCAGGAACGUCUCGCCGAUCAGGAAAGGCACUACAAAUACCAACUCAACGAUGUCGAGGCCAAACGCGCAGCCCUCCAAGAGACCGUGGACAGUGUCAGACAACAAUUGGAAGAUCUGGGUCAGCAGUUCGAGUCAUCACAGGCGCGCUUGUCUGAACGGGAUACGACAAUUGAGUCCCUCGAAAAUGAGGUGGCCGCCUUAAAGUCGCACUCCGGAGACAGCGAGGCGGUGCAUGUCCUGCAGAACCAGCUUUCGGAACAAAUGGGACACAUCCGAAAGCUCGAAGCAACCAACAGAGAACAACUGGCUGAGCUGCGGCGAUUGCGCGAAGCGCAUCGCAGUGUCCAGGUCGUCGAAGAACAGAAACAUGGGCUCGAAAUCGAGCUCCAAGUGCUCAAAGAUGUGCAAAGGCAACUGGGAGAAGCCCAGAUUCAAAGAGAGAUCCUCGAGGACGAAAAGAGGACUUGGACAAGCCUCCUGCAGCGCGACGGGCAAGAGAGCGAAUUCGAGUCUCCCGAGGCUGUUGUAAAAGCACUGAUCCAGCAGCGGAUAGAAUAUGCUUCCAUCGUGGACAGACUGGGCACGGUCGAAAGCGAGCUCGCAGAGAAGGACGAGAUCAUCAGGGAAUUGGAAAGAGACAAGUCAGCCUUGAACACUGAGGUGGAGAAUUUGAAAACUACGAAGACUGCGCAGGCGGAUGCUGGCCAGGACAAUAAGGCUUACAAAAGACUGGAGCGACAACAGGUCCUUGCCGUCAAAGAGGUGGAAUAUCUUCGAGCUCAAUUGAAGACCUUCGACACCGAGGAGACUGUCUUGAUGGACAACCAGAACUUCGACGCACAACGGUCGGAACAGAUUAAGAACUUGGAAAACCUGGUGGACCAAUACAAGGCCGAGGUGCAGACACUCCACGCUGAAAUGUCGAAACUCGAAGCAGCGCCGACAGCCCCCGCUCCUGUUCCGGACGAGCCACGCGGAACAAAACGACCGGCAGAUUCACAGGAGCCUGAAGGCGAAAGAGCUGACUCCCAGCUAGGUGCGUUGUUGAGAAAGAACAAGAAUCUCCAAAUUGCGUUGCAGAAGACCGCUCAGCAGUCCCAAAUGCUGGCCACAGACCUUCAAGCGACAAAGGCACAACUCAAAGCCCUACGGGAGAGUUCGAAAACACGAGUGUUGGAGCUUCGGGACAAUCCCACGGCUAAAGCUGAGGCGAUAAAAUUGUCAACGUUACGAACGCUCAAAGAAGAAAAUAAAGCUCUUCUCGCGCAGUUGAGGGGUGACAACCUCGACGCCGUCAAAAUGCUCCCUGCCAGCUCGGUUGAUGCGCUGAAAUUGGAUCUGAAGGACAUGGAAAUGGUAGUGGCCGAGAAAGAAAAGCGGAUGAGGCGACAACGAGAGAUCUGGACGCAAAAGGCUGCCGAAUUCCGCGAUGUCAUUGCCAGCGUCCUGGGCUACAAAGUCAACUUUCUCCCGAACGGCAAGGCCAAAGUCUCGAGUAUGUAUUAUGGACGGCCCCACGAUCUCGGAGACGAGAGCGAGGACGAAGAGGACGACCACUACAUCAUCUUUGACGGGGAUAACGGCACCAUGAAGAUAAGCGGCGGGCCCGACAGUCCUUUUGCUGCAGAAAUCAGAGAUCUGAUCAAUUUCUGGGUCAAGGAGAAGAAGCAGAUCCCGUGCUUCCUUGCGGCGAUGACCCUGGAGUUUUAUGAGAAGUUCACCAACAGGGAAAAUGAGGCUUGA